UUUCAUUUUUGCUGGCAACUACCAUGCUCUCCGUCAUUUCUCGCGCUCCAGGCAUUCGUUCUCGACCUCUUUCAUGGUCUCGAGCUCGCGCCCUGCACGUUUCUCCAGUGCGGUCAUCUGGUCAUGGCGUGUACACGACUGAACAUGCUGUCCCGUUCUCCUUCAAGAACAGACCUCUUUUCGCUACAAAGAUUGUAGCAUUCCUUGGGUUCGGUUUUGCCCUACCCUUCAUCGCUGGAGUCUACCACAUCAAUAAGAAGUAAUUGCUUCUUGUUACUCGCCCGCGUUUGGACAUAGAUGGGAUAGAAGCAUAGAUUAUAGAUAUACUCUAAAUCAUUGUGGACACGGAUAGAAUAAUACACCCUUAUCAUUGCUAAG